AUGCAUUUCAACAGCUACGUCGAUCAUUGUGAGACGCGACCAUCUGACGAGAUAGUGUUAUAUUAUGGAUGGUUGGGAUGCGGAUCGCGUCUCACUGCUCCUCAUCUACGCGAGCGCGUCAUGCGACAGUUCAGUUAUACCCAAACUAUUCUGAGACAUCAUGUUGUCUCUGCUUCUCCUGCUUUGAAACGUAGAAAGAUAGAUGAUAUGUUUGAUGAUUAUGAAAGCCAUAUGGUACCAGAGGAGGCACAUAGUAUCAUAGUUGUGAGCGACUGGAGCUACGUCGAUGGGUAUAUCAGAUGGUUCUUUACGGUGUCACAUUCGUACAUGGUGCAUGCUGCUCCAGGAGAUCCGGUUAGGCCAACUCAUCAGGAGAUACUAGAGGAAGAGCAAGCACAACUAAAUCAUGUUAAAGAUGUCUUGCCUAGAUGUUGUUGUAUAGUGGAGAUUGCGCAUGCAGGCAUUGACAUCGGUAUCUUCCCUGAUGGGUCUGAUGUGAGAUAG